AUUUUUUUAUUGACCAUACUUUUGUUUCAUCUUUUUCCGUAAAUGAAAUUGACCGAUGCUUAAUAUAUGCGGAUCGUCUGUCCUAAUAAAAUCUAAACACAUUUUUUGAAUUAAAUAACAAAUGCAGUCUUUUCCUGUAAAAAUUAAUAGCAAAUUUUUCUUAUAAUUUUAUUACUUUGUCUUUAAAAAACAACGGCACGCCACGUGUUUUAGUUUUACCUCCUUAUUGUGGGGCCCAUACGUUAUGGUCCGAGAGACCGGACUACUAGUCAACAAUUUUCAAUAUAUAUACAAGGCAACAAGAUUCAAGAAUACCUUCCCUCCCUCCCUCUCCGCACCAAAACCCUAACCCAUACCCCAAAACCCUAAACCCUGGUCUUCUUCUCCUCUUCUUCUUCCUCUUCGAAACUCUCGUCCUCUUCAUGAACGCUACCGCCGCUGGAGCGAGCAAUGCAGAAGCUCUGGCGUGGAGCCGCCGGGCCCGCCCCCAUCCUCUCCACCACCGGAUGGCUUGAGAAGAACGCCGCUCCUGCUCUCCCCUCCGUUCCCGUGCUGAGGUUUCCGAUGUCCAUCUUCCACAUCCGCGCUCCCUCCUCCUCCGCCGCCGCCGUUCCCCGACUGAACCUUCUGCUCAGUGCCCCCCGGAUUACUUGCUGCCGUGGUCUCGAAAGUGGCCUCCAGUCGAAGCGCGCGUGGUCCCCGCUCUUGAGACAGGCUCGGGAGCCGUUCUCUGCCGCCUGGUUGCAUGGCGAGAGGGCGAGGGACUUGAGAGUGGCCGAAGGUUUGAGGAAUCGCGAGAAAGGCGGAGUCUUGGAUGGGUCUCGUGAGGAGGAGGAGGUUUUGGAAGGAGAGAAGAAAUCUCAAGAACCACAGCAGCAGCAGCAGCAGCAGCAGUCUGGAGCGGUGAACAACAGAGUGGUGGUGGGGAGGCAGAGAGGUGGAGGGUCUGAUGGUACGCCAGUGGGGAAUCUCGAGCUUUUGAUGAUUCCUGGGGUCGGACCUCGGAAUCUUAGGAAGCUGGUGGAUAAGGGUUUCAGUGGUGUUUCCCAGCUUAAACAGCUUUACAGGGACAAGUUCUUUGGUAAGUCCAGUGAGAAGAUGGUUGAAUUCUUGCGUAGCUCGGUAGGUAUUAUCCAUAAAAACCAUGCAGAGAGUAUAACUUCUUUUAUCAAGGAGAGUGUGGAUGAAGAGUUGGAGGAAAGCCCUAACUCUGAGGUUAAGCCUACGCAGAAGAAAAGGCUGACUUUUUGUGUUGAGGGAAACAUUAGCGUGGGAAAGACCACUUUCCUGCAAAGAAUAGCUAACGAAACACUUGAAUUGCGUGAUCUCGUGGAAAUUGUACCAGAGCCUAUCUCGAAGUGGCAGGAUGUUGGUCCUGACCACUUCAAUAUACUGGAUGCUUUCUAUGCUGAGCCACAGAGGUAUGCCUACACCUUUCAAAAUUAUGUGUUUGUAACAAGGGUCAUGCAGGAAAGAGAAUCCGCUGCUGGAAUCAAACCCCUAAGACUCAUGGAAAGGAGUGUUUUCAGUGAUCAGAUGGUUUUUGUCCGAUCUGUUCAUGAAGCCAAAUGGAUGAAUGAAAUGGAAAUUAGCAUCUAUAACUCAUGGUUCGAUCCUGUUGUAUCAUGUCUGCCGGGACUUAUCCCUGAUGGAUUCAUUUAUCUUAGAGCUAGCCCUGAUACUUGUCACAAGAGAAUGAUGCUACGUCAGAGGGCGGAGGAAGGUGGUGUUACCCUUGAUUAUCUGAGGGACUUGCAUGAAAAACAUGAGAGCUGGCUAUUUCCCUUUCAAAGUGAAAAUCAUGCUGUACUGUCAGUUAGUCGGUUACCCAUGCAUGUGGACAGCUCCUUACAUCCUGAUAUAAGAGACCGUGUAUUCUAUUUAGAAGGCAACCAUAUGCAUUCAAGUAUUCAGAAGGUUCCUGCUCUGGUGUUGGAUUGUGAGCCCAACAUUGACUUUAGCAAAGAUAUUGAAGCAAAAAGGCAGUAUGCACACCAGGUUGCUGAAUUCUUUGAGUUUGUGAAACGAAAGAAAGCAGAGACACCUCCUGAAGCUGGGUCCGAUGGGAAGAAUACGGCUCAGCAGAUACUGCCUCCCCGUGAAGGUGGUUUGUGGGUUCCCGGAGGUGGCCAUUUUUCGGAGUCAGCUCUGAAAUCUCUUGAUCUCAGGAGAGCCAUGUCGUUCACGUCGAGUUAACUCCCGUGUCACAAGUUCUGCCAAGUUUUGCUACUGACUUGCUCGUACUUCCGUUGAGAUGAAGGCUGCCAAGUUUACUGGGCUUUGACGGAGUGGAACUCACUGUUUGACCCAUAUAGAGCAAGCUUUGUAAGAAGAAGCUCCUGCAUAUGCAUGAUACUGUACUAACGUGCGCACUUGUAUAUUGGAAUGAACCGUUUUGGUCCACGGGUUGCAUCUUCUAAGUGGAUUUUCUGCAGUUGGUUUGAUUUUGGGCCGACUGCUCGAGUCUAGUGGCUUUUGCUUGUAAUGGGCCCAUUAGACUUGGUGGUA